AGGAGAAACGCGGGCCCAGGGCACCCUCGCGACGGGCCCAGGGCACCCUCGCGACGGACCCAGGCACUGAGGGCCUGCGGCUGCCGGCCAGGGCAGCGGUGCGGCGGAUGCGUCAGGGACCUGCGUGAGGACUCCCUGAGCCGCCGCGGGCCGCGAGCGAUCCUCCGCGAUGCCUCACAACUCCAUCAGAUCCGGCCACGGAGGGCUGAACCAGCUGGGAGGGGCCUUCGUGAACGGCAGGCCCCUGCCGGAAGUGGUGCGGCAGCGCAUCGUGGACCUGGCCCACCAGGGCGUGCGGCCCUGCGACAUCUCCCGCCAGCUCCGCGUCAGCCAUGGCUGUGUCAGCAAGAUCCUUGGCAGGUACUACGAGACUGGCAGCAUCCGGCCUGGGGUGAUAGGCGGCUCCAAGCCCAAGGUGGCCACCCCCAAGGUGGUGGAGAAGAUCGGGGACUACAAGCGACAGAACCCCACCAUGUUUGCUUGGGAGAUCAGAGACCGGCUCCUGGCUGAGGGCGUCUGUGACAAUGACACUGUGCCUAGUGUCAGCUCCAUCAACAGAAUCAUCCGGACCAAAGUGCAGCAGCCAUUCAAUCUCCCCAUGGACAACUGCGUGGCCACCAAGUCCCUGAGCCCAGGACACACCCUGAUCCCCAGCUCGGCUGUGACACCGCCGGAGUCACCCCAGUCCGACUCUCUGGGCUCCACAUAUUCCAUUAAUGGGCUGCUGGGGAUCGCCCAGCCCAGCAGCGACAGCAAGAGGAAGAUGGACGACAGUGACCAGGACAGCUGCCGGCUGAGCAUCGACUCCCAGAGCAGCAGCAGCGGGCCCCGCAAGCACCUCCGCACGGACGCCUUCAGCCAGCACCAUCUGGAGCCCCUCGAGUGCCCCUUUGAGCGGCAGCAUUACUCCGAGGCCUACGCCUCCCCCAGCCACACCAAAGGCGAGCAGGGCCUUUACCCACUGCCUCUGCUCAACAGUGCCCUGGAUGAUGGAAAGGCCACCCUGACCACUUCCAACACACCCUUGGGGCGCAACCUCUCAACUCACCAGACUUACCCCGUGGUGACAGAUCCUCACUCACCCUUCGCCAUAAAGCAGGAAAGCCCUGAGGUGUCCAGUUCUAGCUCCACCCCUUCCUCUUUAUCUAGCUCCGCCUUUUUGGACCUGCAGCAAGUCGGCUCUGGGGUCCCAGCGGGAGCCUCGGUCCCGCCCUUCAAUGCCUUUCCCCACGCUGCCUCCGUGUAUGGGCAGCUCGCGGGCCAGGCCCUCCUCUCAGGGCGAGAGAUGGUGGGGCCCACACUGCCCGGAUACCCACCCCACAUCCCCACCAGCGGACAGGGCAGCUAUGCCUCUUCCGCCAUCGCAGGCAUGGUGGCAGGAAGCGAGUACUCCGGCAAUGCCUACGGCCACACCCCCUACUCCUCCUACAGCGAGGCCUGGCGCUUCCCGAACUCCGGCUUGCUGAGCUCCCCGUAUUAUUACAGUUCCACAUCAAGGCCAAGCGCACCGCCCACCACCGCCACGGCCUUUGACCACCUGUAGUCGCCAGGGGGACAGCGGGAGCGACGGAGCAGCAGGAGGACCAGGUCUGGGACAGGACCCAGAGCGUCACAGAAAGGAAUCUUUAUUUAUUACGUGAAAAUAACCACAAGUCCAGCCUCAGGGGUCACACUCCCUGUGUGGUUGACUUAAUGAACCAUGAAAGACAGGACGACUUUGGAGAAUACCAGACUGUCCUCCAAGAUUCCUCAGCGAGUGCAGGAGUCCCAGGGAGAGACCUCUUGUCCUGAAAGACACAGAACUGGAGAAAUGUGGGAAGGAAGAGGAGGGGCACCCAAGAGGGAGGGCGGACAGGGCCACAGUGGGCUCGGCGGCCCAGGGCACCUCUGUGGCUCUGCCAUCAACACACUCUAGUGUUCCUGGGUUGUUAGCACUUCUGUCCAGCCCACAAGUCACAGCUGGUGCAAAGGCUGUCCCCACAGUCACCCUCAGGGUCACUCCCUGUGAGCCACCUCAGAGCUGAGGCUCCUGCAGCCCACCCCCCAACCCAGCCUGCUCUGCUCCUCCUGCGACUCCCUCUCGGCCACGGGCUGAGGGCUGGGUCCAGUCACCCAGAAGCUCCACCUGGAGGCCCAGGGGGCCUUCCCUCUGCCCACUGCUGCGAUACACCAGCGCACCCGACUUCUCCUCCUGCAGCUCAUCCCAGAGAGCAGCCUCUUAUAGCUGGACACAGACUUUCCGAAGGGCCCCGCCCCACUGGAGGAGGCCUGCUGCCUCCCAAGCCGGCGAUGCAGGUUCCCUCUGCACCCGCAGCUCCUGCCCCAAGGCCUGACUGUAAAUACUAUAAAUGCAGCUCUGUGUGGUCCAGCUUCCUUAUGUCCACCCAGACUGUGGCCUUUCAGUGAAUUGUCUCCCUGCCAUGUUGGGCUUCUCUCCCUAAUGCUUCUUUCUUUUUUAACAACCACCACCGUUGCCACUCGACUCAAUAAAGCAUUACUCUGCUUCA